AUGGCCGGUUCUGACGGGCAAACGCGACGCCCUAUUUGCGUCGCUUAUAAGCAAGGUCGUUGUCAAUUUGGCGACGCUUGUUUUUUUCGGCAUGAAGAGGAUGAGGCGGCGCAACAGGUCCUCGGCGGAUCAAGUAGUUCCUCCUUUUUCUCAUGUUGUGGAGGUGGAGGUGGACGAGGGUCUUCGUCUUCGUUAUCAUCUUCAAAGAACUCCAACAAGUUGUCCUCCUCAACUAAAAAUACUUCAACAUCUACUUCAACAUUCGUCUAUCGAAAAGACGUAGCUGCUGCCGAAGAAGAUGAAGAUGGUGGGAGAGCACAGUAUGUACGAGAGACCUUGGAUCAGUUCGCUUCGCAGAAAGUAGAGGACUUUUUGCAAGGUGCUGAGGUGACACCACCGUUGAGUCGGAACACAACACCAAGGACCACGAUCGGAAUAGAACAAAUAACGGGAACAGGUUCAACGUAUCGUGGCGGUGUGUCGCACGGUCGGCAAUACGCUGCCGCGGGGUCCUCGUCAUCGAAAAACGUGUUUGAAGAGCAGUUCGCAGCACGAGCCAAGCAAAAGGCACGUAUGCAAGCACGUAUAGCCGAACAAGAUCUUCGCAGACGAAAGCAACAAGAAGAGCAGCAGCAACGCAACCAAAACCAAGAAAACCCUAGCACCCAAGAAUAUCCUGCUCAACAGCAGGCAGAGCAAGAUACUACCCCCCUUAGUGGACAAGAUCAACAGCAGGAGCAACUGAUUUGGGACGAACGAGCUUAUGCUUACUACCAUCCGGCGAGUGGGUAUUACUACGAUUUCGAAGGUGAGCCGUUUUUGUUUGACUCCCAAGGUUAUCGCUGCUUUUGGGAUGAGGAUAUGAAGCCAUACUAUAUCGACGAGCAAGGAGACGCAUGGUAUUACGACGAGGAGGAAGGGGGCGGCGAAGCAUACCAGGAAUGGUAUCAGACAUUAUGACAUGUUGAAAAGACGGAUACGGAUAGGCAUCGUAAUAGUACUCGAAGAUACAGUUCUUGUACUUCACUGAUUAUUUGUUCUAACACAUCACUGCAUGGAGCAGUAGUUUUCCACCUAGAAGUACUAGAAAUACGUCUCCCCGCCCCCCAUAAUCCUCUUUCAUACCCCAUGCACAACACGCAACUGCAUGAGGAGCGUGCUAGGCAGGAGGCCGCUGAACAGGAAAGAAUACGACAGGAGGAAGCCGAAAUUGAGAGGCAGAGAGAAGAAAAAGAGCGAAAACGACGUCCAAAAUACAAAACCAAAGCACAGAUUGAAGCCGAACGCGCAAACGGCUAUGCACAGAAGAGAGAAGCAAGAAAAGAACAGAUGAAAAGAAAUGCGUCAGGUGCUGGGGCAUCAUUCGACACUGGUGGGGGAGGCGGUUCUGCAGGAGGAUAUCAAGGUUAUGGAGCAGGUUAUCAGCAGGAUCACGAUCAGCGACGAGGAAGAGCUUCCUCGACAUCUGGGUCAACUACAGGCGAAGGUAAGAGCUAUCGAGGUGGAGGUGGUGCAUGUUUUACACCCAGUACAGCAACUAAUGCGAAAAUAAACAGAAACACUUCUUGUACCAAUGACAUGGAUAUGAGUGAGAGUCAGAGUUACAUUAACGCAGCUAUUCAAGAGAUACGAGCAGAACGUGAACAGUGUAAAACAGCUAAAGACCGCAAGUUGCUAUUUCGAAAGUGCUGUCUAACAUGGCAUCCAGAUAAGCGUCAAGAAAAAUUCGUUGCGACAUGCGUAUUUCAAUGGUUACAGGACGAGAAACCAAAGUUCUUGAAAUGAAAACCAAUGUGGUCAUCGAGUUGCUUGAUCUCAAGAUCAGAGAGCAAAAGACGUACUCACAGGAAACGCGACGUGAGUAAAAGGGUGACUGGUC